AUGAAGAUUGGAGACCCUGUCUAUCGUGGUGCCGAAAGACAUCUUCCUGUGGAAGUGAUUGGCCUCAUAUCAGAUUACAUUGCUUCAACUCACAAUCUUCUGACCCAGAGAACGUUGUGGGCUUGUUGUUUGGUGUCGAAAGCCUGGUACUCCGUGUUUGUCGGCAUGCUGUACCAUCAUCCACUUCUUUCCAGUCGGAAUUUUGACAAAUUUGCUCGAACAAUAUGUCCUCCUGUAAACUCGCGCAAGCGGCGGAUUGGUCUGGGAAACUUUGUCAACCAACUUGACAUGAGUCAGCUUGCUUACGAGAGUUCCAAAAGCAUCACCGCUCGUCUCCUUCGCCGGACAAGGAAUUCUCUUACGUGGUUUGCUUCGCCAGCCGUGACGUUUUCGAUUGCCUCUUUAGCUCCACUGUCCAAAUGUAUCAACCUUCACUUACUCGACCUAUCCUCAGACGGAUACGGGAUACGGCUGCGACUCGUACUCGACACAAUAGGACAUCUUGAACAUCUGGCGGUUCUGAGGCUUCCAAGAGAUAGUCUCAACGGACGCUGUGACCUGGGGCCCAACUCUCGUUGGCCAAAGAAUUUGAGCCAUCUCCAAAUAACCGACUGGCUGUUCCUCGGAUCCCAAUCCUGGACGACACUUAUCGAGAGCUGGCCAAAAUCCUUGAAGACCCUCAAAUUUGAAGACUGCAUGCAAUACGCAGAUCUGCAAACGCUUGCCCUUUGCGAGACACGUGCCAAUUACAUCAGAUGUCUCGAAAUCGGACUUGAGAGGAAAGAAAGCUGGUUCCCUUGGACACCAGUCCUUUCUGUUUUCCCACAACUGAAGGCGAUAAAAUUUCCUGCCUGGACGAUGCGCAGACAGGCUUUUGUAGGAACACAGGGUACCUUGCUUCGAGAGUUCUUGAAGAAAAUUGAGAGGGAUAAUCUGUUGGAGGUAUUAACGUUCACACCACAACAACCUGAACCAACUCACCCGAAUAACUUGCCCAUAGAUGUCCUCCAUUCAUUUGUUGACAAGUUUCCUCGACUCCGAAGGCUAGAAAUAGCCAAAAAGGACCUCGAUACGAAUGUAGAGCUACCGGCCCUCGAACGACUUGGAUCUGUGCUCGAGCUCAGGGCUACUCCAGGCGAACGAGAAUCCGCUGGGUUGUUCUUUUUGGACGAUUGA